AUGGCGAUAGCAAUUAACCGCCUAGAAUCCCAAGUCCAAGGUAAAUUACCGUCCCAACCUGAAGUGAACCCGAAGAACGUAAGUGCGAUGAUUUUAAGGAGCGGGAAAGAAAUUCAGGGACCAGAACUCAUAAUUCCAAAAGACAAGGAUGAGGAAAAGAUUGAGAACGAGCUCGAGAAGGAGGACAGCAAUGGCACAAAUCCACAGGUACUUCCAGACACAGUCAUUACAGUUAAAACAAACCCGCCUCCCUUUCCUAGCAGGUUGGAAAGACCGAAAAAGCAGGAUAAGAAGAAGGAGAUCCUGAAGGUGUUCCGUAAAGUAGAGAUUAAUAUUCCCCUGUUAGAUGCAAUUAAACAGGUGCCAAAGUACGCAAAGUUUCUGAGAGACCUGUGCGUUAAUCGAAGGCGGCUGAGGAGAGAUGAAAGAGUCAUUGUUGGGGAAAAUGUGUCCGCAGUCCUGCAGAAAAAGCUCCCACCAAAGUGUGGGGACCCAAGUAUAUUCACUAUCCCCUGUAGGAUAGACAACACCUUGAUUAGAAAAGUCAUGCUGGACUUAGGGGCGUCAAUUAAUGUGAUGCCAAAAUCUAUCUAUAUUUCUCUAAACCUAGGUCCAUUAAAAAAAACUGAAAUAAUCAUUCAGUUAGCUGACCGAACUAAUGUGUAUCCUGACGGGUUAGUUGAAGAUGUGUUGAUAAAAAUUAAUGAUUUGGUAUUCUCAGCUGCCUUUUAUGUACAUGACAUAGAUGAUGAUCAUUCCCCUGAUCCCUCACCUCUGCUAUUAGGUAGACCCUUUUGA